AUGGAUCGCUGGGAACGUCUGGGGCGGUUGGGUGCAUCUAAGAAGCCUUCGGUUGAAGAGGACUGGGCACCAAGACCACCCCAGACCGAGGCCAGUGACUCAAGUUGUGGCCCCACGUUGGAAGAGUCGGCUGUGGAGGAGCAGGAAGAUGAGAUGGACAUGAUGGACCCGGUCAGGCCGGUCCGGUCCAAAUCAAAAAAACGACCAUCUUGGUACCAGAAAGAGGCUGCGGAUGAGUUCUUUGAAGAGUUGCGGCGAAAGCGCAGGGAUUUCAAGAGAUCGGUUCAACAACGGGCGCAGCAAGAUGUGGUCAGUGCUACGCCCAGCAUUUCGAGUAUUUCCUCCAUGGUCCGGAAAGCUUUCAGCCAUUAUGGCUGGAUUGAGGGCUGUUGGCUUGUUUUGAAUCCUUUGGGAUCUCGCAGCUUCCUGCAGAUCACCCGUUUUGCGCCGGGAUGGGCUGUCGCCUUCGAGCGUUUUCCCACCUGGCCAGCUCAUGCCUUCGCGUGCAUGGAGAACGUG